AAACACAUACGAUGCCGAUACAAAUAUAAGUGCGACCCACUUUCACGACGGACACACGUGUGAGGAGACUCAGCUACUAUGGAGAACGAGAAGGAGAAAGAGAAAGAGGCUGCAAACGGAUCACCGGCGGUCAACAAGACUCCCAAAUCGUCUGCUAAGAAAUCAAGGGGCCCACCUCAGAGUUCGGUCGACACAUUUGCUGUUCAAUGCAACGACUGUUUCAAGUGGAGGACAUUAGCAACUGAAGAUCAAUUUGAAGAGUUCAGAAGUAAGCAAAGUGAGGACCCAUUUGUUUGCAACAAACUUGAAGGGAUCGUCUGCGAUACUCCUGCUGAUAUCGAGUAUGAUUCUUCUAGAACAUGGGUCAUGGAUAAACCCAACAUCCCAAAAACCCCAAAAGGCUUUCAGAGAGUAAUUGUACUGAGAAGAGAUUACUCUAAAAUGGAUGUGCAGUAUAUCACUCCCGAUGGCACAAGGGUUAGAGCAGCUCCGGGAAUCAUAACGUACCUCAAAGAACACCCGGAAUACAGCAACGUGUCGCCUACUGAUUUCUGUUUCACGUCUCCUAAGGUCAUGAGCGACACAAUUCCAGAACAUAUCGAGAAAAAAAGCUCGAGUCCGAAUGUCAAGAGUCCCAGUGUCAAGAAACAGAAGAAAUCAACUUAAAAAGGUUAGUUGGUCAGUCGGUCGGUUGGUUGGUUGGUUUAUGGGUGUGUUUUUAAGGUUCUAUUAUGACGUAAAAUCAGGAUUAUGUUUUUUUUAAUCGUAUUGUAUGUUUAGGUUUUGUGUUCAUGACUCUCGGCCAAAUUGAACUGGAAUAUGUUGUAAAGUGGCUGUAGUCGUAAGUUUUUAGUAGGAACCAGGGAAUGGUAUCUCGUAUGGGGUCUGAUGAUCCUGCGACUAUGAUGAAUACAAUUGAGUUUGUUGUA